AUGUUCCGCUCCCUCCUCUCCUUCGCAUCCCAAAACCCCUUCGCUUCGGCUUCAGAAUCCAGUUCCGUUGACAAAACCAACCUCUUCCCUACGGUGGAUCCUGAAGUCGAUGGCCCUGAUUGCGACAAGGACUGUGCUGACUGCACAACCAAAUUCCCAUCGCGCUUUAAAAUCAAUUCCGACAGGGAGCUGUACGGGAGCAUCAAGCCGUACACCAAACAUGUCAUUGUCGCGACCGGCAAGACGGACUGGGAGCAACGGGUCGAGAAUGAGCGUGGCAGUCUGAUGGAGGGGUUUAAGCUGGGUUCGUUCAAGCCGAAGACGGGGAAAAUGAUGGUUUCAGCAUCGAACCUGCCCGUCGAUCCGGCGUACAACGACGCUCAGGGACACGGCCAGGGCAAGAGCCAGGACAACGCAACAACCGUCCUCGUCUUGCCCGCAUUCAUCUUCGUCGACGCAGUCACCGUCUCGCGAAUACCAGAGUUCAUGGACCGCUUCAUCGACUCCUCCCCCGACCCAGUUGCAAACGCACAGGCCCAGCCCCAGGCCCAGCCCCAGCAACUGCAGGAUCCAGCAUCCUCAAGCACCCCCGACACCCAAUCGAAACCCGAUAAGGGGGAACUAUCCCGUUCUGGCCCCGAAUCCCCACACAAGCUGACAACACGCCCCUGCCUCCGCGACCACCUCAUCCUCCUCUGCUCGCACCACCGCCGCGACGCCCGCUGUGGCAUCUCCGCUCCGCUCAUCCGACGCGAACUCGAGCGCCACCUGCGCCCUCUCGGCCUUUACCGCGACGACGAUGACUCCCGGCCGGGCGGCGUGGGCAUCGUGUACGUCUCGCACGUCGGCGGCCACAAAUUCGCCGCGAACGUGCUGAUCUACCGUCGCGCGGCGGAGCAGAUGAUUUGGCUGGCGAGGGUGCGGCCGGCAGAUUGCGAGGGGAUUGUCAAGCAGACGGUGCUGAAGGGGAAGAUUGUGCAUGCUGACCAGUUAAGGGGUGGGUUUGAUCGGGGGAGGGAUGUUGCGAGUUGGUAG